AUGCAGCAGCAGCGCAUCCUGGCCCUGUUGGUGCUGGCGGCGUGCGUUUGCGGCGCAGCCGCGGCCACCAAGCAGGCGCCCAAAACCAUCAAGGUGGCGUGGCAGCCGCCGGGCAACUCGCUCGACGAGAUGGACCGCCCGCGCCUCCUCAACUGUGGCGACACCCUGCAGCUGACGUGCCCGCCCAGCCAAAAGCACGGGGUGUUCAAGAUCGCCAACGUGUCCGGCGCGUGCCCCCGCAACUUCCAGCCAGUGCACGGGGAUGUGCUGCUGGCCCCCAUCAAGGACUGCGAUAUGAAGAUCAAGCUGCAGGCUGGAGAUGACUACUUCCUGACCAGCAAUGUGCGGGGGCAGGGCGGGCAGGCCUCAUGA